CAUUCCAACAAAAUACGUAAACUACAUCUUCAGGAAACACCAGUGACCUCUUGAAAACGAUAUGAAUAAGUUUAUUGCAAAUACUGAAUAAAUGUUUAUUCACGGGAUCUUUAUAUUCUACAUAAUUGAUUUAGUUCUGUAAUAUUUUCAUUUAUAUUUUAUUUACUGAUUUCAUGAAAUCCCCCCUCCUGCUCCAUCUACUGCAUGAGCUUCUCAUUUUAUUAUUAUUUCUUUUUUUAUGCGCAGAUGGAUGGCAACGGAGUCUCUUUAUGAUAACAUAUUUUCUGUUAAAUCGGACAUUUGGAGCUUCGGCAUACUAAUGUGGGAAAUUGUAACACUUGGCUCAACACCAUAUCCAGGCAUAUCAGCUGCAGAUGUUAUGCGAAAAGUACGUGAUGGUUAUCGGCUAGAAAAGCCUGAACAUUGCCGCAGGGAACUGUAUAACAUCAUGUAUUAUUGCUGGUCCAGCGAUUCUAAUGAGAGGCCAACUUUCUUGGAGGUUGUUCAGAUGCUCGAUAAAUUGUUACACACCGAAAUGGAUUACAUUGAAUUGGAACGUUUUCCCGAUCACAAUUAUUAUAAUAUCGUUAACUUAAGUGGAGAAAAAUUAUAA